CCCCCCUCCGGGCUGGACCGCGGAUGGUACGUUCCGCACGUGAGCUGGGUGCUGGUCUGGCCGGCGACGCGCGUGCCCUGUGGCCAAACACUGCCUGGAGUGAGAGCAAACUACCAGCGCAGUGGGGCCGGCGCGAGUGUGCGUGUGUGCGCGCCUGUGUGUGUGUGUCUGUGCGAGAGAGCGAGCGAGUGAGCGCGGUGAAAGGGGGGAACCAACUGCUUCACACUUUCAACACUGCACUGAAGAGGGAGAGCGAAAGAGACUGGAGACGCACAGAUUCCCCCAAGAUCUCCCAAGCCUACCGUCCCACAGAUUAUAGAACAGAGCCCCCAAAGAUCGAAACAGAGGAAACGGACAGCGGCUGAACAUGGACGAAGGAAUUCCUCAUUUGCAAGAGAGACAGUUACUGGAACAUAGAGAUUUUAUAGGACUGGACUAUUCCUCUUUAUAUAUGUGUAAGCCCAAAAGGAGCAUGAAGCGAGACGACAGCAAGGAUACCUACAAAUUACCGCACAGAUUAAUAGAAAAGAAAAGAAGAGACCGAAUUAAUGAAUGCAUUGCUCAGCUGAAAGAUUUACUGCCUGAACAUCUGAAAUUGACAACUCUGGGGCAUCUGGAGAAAGCUGUAGUUCUGGAAUUAACUUUGAAACACUUAAAAGCUUUAACCGCCUUAACCGAGCAGCAGCAUCAGAAGAUAAUUGCUUUACAGAAUGGGGAGCGAUCUCUGAAAUCGCCCAUUCAGGCCGACUUAGAUGCGUUCCACUCGGGAUUUCAAACAUGCGCCAAAGAAGUCUUGCAAUACCUCUCCCGGUUUGAGAGCUGGACACCCAGGGAGCCGCGGUGUGUCCAGCUGAUCAACCACUUACACGCCGUAGCCACCCAGUUCUUGCCCACCCCGCAGCUGUUGACUCAACAGGUCCCUCUGAGCAAAGGCGCUGGCGCUCCCUCGGCGGCCCCCACCGGGUCCGUGGCCGCCCCCUGCCUGGAGCGCGCAGGGCAGAAGCUGGAGCCCCUGGCCCACUGCGUGCCGGUCAUCCAGCGGACUCAGCCCAACAACGAGCUCGCCGCCGAGAACGACACGGACACCGACAGUGGCUACGGCGGCGAGGCCGAGGCCCGGCCGGACCGCGACAAGAGCAAAGGCGCGGGGGCGAGCCGCGUCACCAUCAAGCAGGAGCCACCCGGGGAGGACUCGCCGGCGCCCAAGAGGAUGAAGCUGGAUUCCCGCGGCGGCGGCGGCGGCCCGGGGGGCGGCGCGGCGGCGGCAGCGGCCGCUCUCCUGGGGCCGGACCCGGCCGCCGCGGCCGCGCUGCUGAGACCCGACGCCGCCCUGCUCAGCUCGCUGGUGGCAUUCGGCGGAGGCGGGGGCGCGCCCUUCGCUCAGCCCGCGGCCGCCGCGGCCCCCUUCUGCCUGCCCUUCUACUUCCUCUCGCCUUCCGCGGCCGCCGCCUACGUGCAGCCCUUCCUGGACAAGAGCGGCCUGGAAAAGUAUAUGUACCCGGCGGCGGCCGCCGCCCCGUUCCCGCUGCUGUACCCCGGCAUCCCCGCCGCCGCCGCUGCCGCUGCCGCCGCCGCCGCCUUCCCCUGCCUGUCCUCAGUGUUGUCGCCCCCUCCUGAGAAAGCGGGCUCCGCCGCCGCGACCCUCCUGCCGCACGAGGUGGCGCCACCUGGGGCGCUGCACGCCCCGCACCCGCACGGCCGCACCCACCUGCCCUUCGCCGGCCCCCGCGAGCCGGGGAACCCGGAGAGCUCUGCUCAGGAAGAUCCCUCGCAGCCAGGAAAGGAAGCCCCCUAAGCCUUAGAAAGGAUGGAGGUUCCAGCCGAAUGACGAGUGAAAACACCCUUCACGUUUCUAAGGGAGGAAGUGUAAUAGAUGCACGACAGGCAUAAAAAAAACAGGUGUUUUGUGUACAUUUGGAGUUCCUGUUUUGCUCAUCCCUCACCACCCCACCCUGCACACACUAACGUCCCUUUCUUUCCCCCACCCGCUGUAAAAGAUCCUCUGCGAUAGAUACUGGUUUGUUUGUUUUUUUCUUUAAAGAAUCCUCAAAAUAAGUUUCGCCUCCUUUCAGGCCAGGUUACCUUUUAAAAUGCGAAACCUAAUUCUAGAGAAGGUAAGAAGGGUCUGCUCUGUGGGUGAGCUAAUCGAACCCCAGGAUAGGGGGAAAGGUGCUGACACCCUGGACGUCUUUGACUGGAGUCAACGUGGGACAGCAGCUAGCUGUUACGUAGAGGUGCUUCUCCAAGCUGCCCUGCCUGUUUUAGCAGGUUUACCACAGACAGACUGAGGAUCUUUUAGAAUUAAAUUUACUCUUCAGUAUUUUAUAAAAUUCAGCUUUUUGAAAGGCAUAUAUUUUUCAAAGAAGCGAGGAUGCAGUUGCUCACGUCGCAAUCUAUUCUGAAGUGGUUUAAAUGGUAUCUCUUAGUAAAUUGCACUUGUUUAAAGAGACAUGGAGUUGGGCCAUGGUCAGAAGUCAGGGAAGGAGAUGGAUGAGAAAGGCCAGAAUCAUUCUUAGUACGUUUGCUAGCACUUUAUUGAGAAAUUGACUAUAAAUCGAGUUAUCUUAAUUUCUUAGUCCAUAUAUGUGUAUAUAUAUACAUGUAUAUCUCAAGUGCAUCUAUUCCCACUCUCGUUAAUCCAUCAUUUUUGUAAUCUUAACUGUUCUUUAAAAAGUGCACUGAACUUAGAACAAGUCCAAACUGAUUUUAUCGUAUAUUCUGUUAAAUGGCAAAAGUGGAGAAAAGCAUUUAACCGGUCAGUUGUGCUUGGAAAUGGCAGUGUAGAUGAGGAAUGAAGCCCUGUGAGGCCUUCCUAUCUCCAAGUCUAUGUAUUUUCUGGAGACCAAACCAGAUACCAGAUAAUCACAAAGAAAGCUUUUUUUAAUAAGGCUUAAACCAAGACCUUGUCUAGAUAUUUUUAGUUUGUUGCCAAGGUAGCACUGUGAGAAAUCUCACUUGAAUGUUAUGUAAGGGGUGAGACACAACAGUCUGACUAUGAGUGAGGAAAAUAUCUGGGUCUUUUAGUCAGUUUGGUGCAUUUGCUGCUGCUGUUGCUACUGUUUGCCUCAAACGCUGUGUUUAAACAACGUUAAACUCUUAGCCUACAAGUUGGCUCUUAUGUACAUAGUUGUUAAUAUAUCCAAUUAAUGAUGUCUGACAUGCUAUUUUUGUAGGGAGAAAAUAAUGUGCUAAUGAUAUUUUGAGUUAAAAUAUCUUUGGGGGAGGAUUUGCUGAAAAGUUGCACUUUUGUUACAAUGCUUAUGCUUGGUACAAGCUUAUGCUGUCUUAAAUUAUUAAAAAUAAAUAAAUGCUGUCUGCAAGAAACCAGCUGGUUUAGAAAAGUUUAGUAUGUGAAGCCAAACUAGAAGUUAUCUUUAUAUUCUAGUAUUUUCAGCACUCCAUAAAUUCUAUUACAUAAAUAUUGCCACACUAUUUUGUGAUUAAAAAUUCUUCAUAAGGAAUAAAAACUUUAAUAUUCGA